AAUUAUUUUAAGGUUGUUUGCGCUUUUUUUCCAGGUGCCAUGGCGGACGACGGCGGUGACUGGCUCGCCGGCGGCGACGACGCCGGUGGCGAUGACUGGCUGUCCGCGGCCGCGGACACCGGCUCGGCCUCCACCCCCGCCGCCGCCGGAGCCGCCCCCGCGGGCGACGCGGCCGCCGACGGCGAGGCGCCCCAGAAGCCGCGCGUGGACGAGUGGGCGUGGCCCAAGGGCCAGCCCUUCCUGGCGCUGCCCCCGUACCGGACGCGCCGCGUGCAGCCGCGCAAGCUCGACAAGUUCAUCCCCUUCACGCACUGGAGCCGGCCCACCUCCCUCAACUACGAGUACAUCUACCUGUACCGCAAGAACUACUACGACGACGUCAUCGACUACCUGGACCAGCGCACGCGCGGCGUGGAGCGCGAGCUGCCCAAGCCGCAGACGUGGGCGGAGCGCGCGCUGCGCACCUACUCGAGCGCCUCGCCGCCGCCGCGCAUGCAGAAGACGGUCAUCGUCGAGGACUCGCUCAAGAACGUGGGCGCCGUGGCGGGGCUGACGCACACCAACGCCAUCCGGCACCACCUCUCCAACAACGUGGUGCGCACCCGCUACUACGACGCCCUGUACCAGCCGCUGCCCGGGCCGCAGGCGCCCAUGGACGAGUAAAUGUGUGAUCUGCUGCCACCCGGUUUGGCCGAGCCCAGGUGCGUUCGCGGUGGUCCGGACGAUGUGUGAGCCGAGGGGUCGAGAGGAACAAGGUCGAAGCUGGGCGUUUAGCGUCAAGGUGUGGGGGCUGCCGACGGAGAAUGGCUCGGCGAGCUGAACACCGUCGGUCUGGUGUCCCGCCGUGUGUUGCCUCGAGGGCUGAUUCCCCUCCCCGUCCGAGACCGCGGCCGAUGCCCUUGCCCUGACCUCUGCGGUCCUUCUGCAGCCUGUCAGUCAGAAACGCAUUUUGACUUCGGCUAGCGCCAGUAUCGAAAUGCGUCUCUUGCUGAGUGCUGGAUGCAUCGCCUUUUCUCUGCCAUGAUCUGUAGAUAGUUUUUUGACCUCGUCUUCCUUCCAUUUUCUUUGCUUAGUUCAGACCACCGCGAAGCGGGGACCUGUCGCAGAACGCCAGCGGCACGCGGUGUUUGGCGAUGGAACAAGCUUCCCCAAAGAGGUCCGGGACGAAACUUUGUUUUUAUAACUUUCCUUCGUGUUUUUGUUGUAUGCUAGUAUUUCAUACGAGGCACGUUCCAUUGCACCGCUCAAUCCCCCAAACAGCCAAAGAGGUACGUCGGUUACUAGCGGGUUGGUAAAUCACUGGGGAAUAUACUGCUAGAAGAAAACAGUGAUAAGAAAAGCUAUUAGAAAAUGAUGUGUGAAAGAAAUUACCUCUGUUGUCCAUUGCCAACCCGCUAGUGACCGCGAAACCUAUUGCAUUUGGCUUUAUAUAUUUACGUUCGGUUGUACUCCUGUCAAAGAUCUCUCCAAUUUCGAAGAAUUUCGUUUCGUCUGAUCGGAAAAGCAUCGAUCUAACGACCUUGAGUGCGACCUUAUGUCUGUUGUGUUUCUCAAUGUGAGUGUAGCAAUUACUAGCAGGCGACUGUUGUUUCAUGUGAUUGUAAGUUAGUAUGAGUGAAUGACUUUCCGAUCGACACUUAGUUUCACUGUAGACUUCAAAGCAUGGACAUUUUUUAUUUGCCACAAAGGAACCAAGUAAAAGAGAAUACAUAGCCCAUAAGAAGUGGAGCUAGUGAACUACUGACACUUGGUGAUGCCUGCAACCGAAAUUACCUCAGAAUUAUUUUCCCUUUUGCGUUUCCUUUGAGUAACUUCACUUCCGUUGUCCUACAAAACGACAUGAUAAUAAUUAAAUCCUCUACAGAUUAAGUCACCAACUAAAAUACUGUUUUGAUAUAAAAAAAUAAAUCCGAAUCUAGUAAAAAA